CUGUGGAUAAGAUCACCGGGGCAGCCAUGGAAGAACUUACGGCUUUUGUAUCCAAAUCUUUUGACCAGAAAAGCAAAGAGAGCAGCAGCGGCAGUGGCAGCAGCAACAAGAAGGAGACGAUCACGUACAGGGAAGUUUUGGAGAGUGGGUUGGCUCGCUCGAGGGAGCUUGGAAACUCUGACUCUAACCUGCAGGACAUGACAGAGAGCAGCAACCAUUGCCCGGUGCAUCUUUUCAAAGACCACGUAGAGAGCGACAAGGACAAACUGAAGGAGUUCAGCACGGGCAGGACGGCGGAAGGGAUCUACGAGUGCAAAGAGAAGAGGGAAGAUGUGAAGUCAGAAGAUGAAGAUGGACAGACCAAGCUCAAACAAAGAAGAAGCAGAACGAAUUUCACACUAGAGCAGCUGAAUGAGCUGGAAAGACUUUUUGAUGAGACUCACUAUCCGGAUGCCUUCAUGAGGGAGGAACUAAGCCAGAGGCUGGGACUGUCUGAAGCUAGGGUUCAGGUGUGGUUCCAGAACAGGAGAGCAAAGUGCCGAAAGCAGGAAAACCAGAUGCACAAAGGUGUGAUCCUGGGAACCGCCAGCCAUUUAGACGCCUGCAGAGUGGCCCCCUAUGUGAAUAUGGGAGCCUUGAGGAUGCCUUUCCAACAGGUCCAGGCGCAGCUGCAGCUGGAGGGCGUGGCCCACGCACAUCCGCACCUGCAUCCACACCUGGCGGCCCACGCUCCCUAUCUGAUGUUCCCGCCACCGCCCUUCGGGCUGCCCAUCGCCUCCCUGGCUGAGUCCGCCUCCGCCGCCGCCGUGGUGGCCGCCGCCGCCAAGAGCAACAGCAAGAACUCCAGCAUCGCCGACCUGCGGCUCAAAGCCCGCAAGCACGCCGAGGCUCUGGGGCUCUGACAGGC